AUGGGAGCUACAUGUUGUGCUGCUAAAUAACUUGGGAAUACCGAGUUAACUAAUGCUGCUCCUGAAGAAUUCAAUCAGCAAGUUGAAACGGAGAAACCUUAAGAAGGCAAUCAUUAAAACGAAGAACUAGAACACGUGAAACUGGUCAAAGACCCUCCUCACGUACCAGUUGAAGAACCAGCGCCAGGGAAUCCCCCAGAUGAUGCCUCAAGAGAAAAACAGAGAUAAAUGAUAUCUAUCCACGGCCCAAACUCUGAGGAUGCAAAACCAUAUGAUAAAGUACCCGUCAUCGAAAAUGAUAUGGUGCGCAAAACUCUAGAAAAACUUGGAGAAUAUCAAUACGAUCCUGAAUCUCUUCAGAAGUAUGUAGAAUGCAUUGAACUAGAACCCUAUUAAUUUGAGAAUGGAGCUAUAUAUGUUGGGCAAUGGAAAAAUCAUCAACGAUGGGGAAAGGGAAAAUAAUACUGGCCUGAUGGGUCCAUUUAUGAAGGAUUUUGGAGUGCUCACACUGCCAAUGGAAAAGGAAGAUUGAUUCAUGCUGAUGGUGAUGCAUAUGACGGUGAUUGGGUAGACGAUAGAGCCUAAGGCUAAGGAACCUACUAUCAUGUUGAUGGAGCCAAGUAUGAAGGAGAUUGGUUGGAAGAUUAAUAACACGGUAAAGGAACUGAAAUGUGGCCAGACGGGGCUUAAUAUAUUGGAAGUUACGUUAAUGGUAAGAAGGACGGAAAAGGAAAAUUUAAAUGGAGUGAUGGAGCAACUUACGAAGGGGAUUUCAGGGAUAAUAACAUUGAAGGAUUUGGAGAGUAUAUUUGGGCUGACGGAAGGAAAUACAAAGGACAAUGGUAAAAUAACAAAAUGCAUGGAAAAGGAGAUUUCAAUUGGCCAGAUGGAAAAUAAUAUAGUGGCGAUUAUGUGGAAGAUAAAAAGGAAGGCUAUGGAAUAUUUAAAUGGUCUGAUGGAAAACAAUAUAAAGGCUAUUGGAAGGAUGGCAAAUAGCAUGGCAAGGGAAUUCUAGUUGACAAAGAUUAAAGAGAAGUUGAAGCUGAAUGGGUUGAAGGAAAAAGAGUCAGACAAGAUUGA